AUGGCACGUUUGCGAAAUCUCCCUAUUGCGUACGUCGACGACGCGGAAUUCAUCUGUCCGUCGAAAGAAGUCAUGACCGAAAUCACAGCCAAGGCGGUGCUAAUCCUGGCCACAUGGUUCCUCGAGGUGAAGAUCGCCAAGUUGAAGCGGCGCAAGAGCUUGGCCAAGGCGGCGUUCAGCCACAUGUGGAAAAUUUGGAUGCGGCGCAAGCUCGUCUCCGAGAGCAACCGCGCUCGGCUCUACAAGGCCUACGUGCUGCUGGUGCUUCUGUACAACUGUGGCACGUGGGCCCUGACUCCGACGCAGCUCGAUGGCCUCGAAGCCUUCCACCGCCGCCAACUGCGGCAGCUGCUCGGCAUCUUCUACCCGCACCGAAUCCUCAAAGCCGACUUGUAUGCUCGCUGCCACACCGAGCCGCUCCGCGGUCUCGUCACGCACCGUCGGUGGCGUAUGUUUGGUCACGCGCCCCCACCGACACCCCAGUACAAGCUGCCAUGA